CUUGAGCUGACGAGGCUUUUCAUUCUGGCAACAACGGAUCACCCCUUGCAGCGGCGAGACGACCAGCGCCCAAGCUGCAGCAGCUAUCUAAGCGGGAGUCAAGUGACGAUGGCUAAACGAUGGCUGUUUUCCGACUCUCAAUGCACUCACUGGUCAUCGGAUCAGCACCCAGUACUCCGACAAGCGAAAUGGUAUACAUAGAGACACCGCCUCAGUCAAUUCCAGUGAUGGACCGUACACGCGCAGUAGUACAUCCUGGGCCCAUUUCAGAGUUGUUCGACACGUAUCCAGAGCUCGCAUUUCGGCUUCAUUGUUACUUUUUUUGGGACAUUCCCCAUUCUGCAGCCUCUGCUAACGAUCCGUGCGAUGCGCACUUAAUGUGCACGUGCCCAGGAAGAAAACCUGCUGUUUUCGCCGGUUUUGAUGCACAGACGUCCGCGACACGAUACGCAGUCUUUUUGGCGCUGGUGGCGUUUGUGCGAAUGUUGAUGGAAGGAUGAUGAAUGUGCCGUUUCAGAUUUGGUUCAGGGAACAGAGCAACCUCGACUUCUCUGGCUCAAUUUCUUGCGAUGUCGAAAUUCUGAUAUGACGUUCAAGGCCGUACGUCCGAGACGUCGGAUGCCGUGGCAUGCGGCCCUUCCCUACAGAAUCAAAUUUCCAUCAAGGAUGGUAGUGGAGGGACCUCAGAGA